GGACUUGCAGGUUUGAUCUACUCGUGAAGGAUUGUUUAUAUAAAAGAAAGUUUCAGAUCGUAGAAAGACGAAGUCUUCUUCUGUUCUAUGAUUAUUCUCUCCUCCUUACAAAGUAUUACUUAAUCAGGCAAGUCUAGAUUUCAUACUCAAUCUGUAAUCUCAGGUUUCGUUCAAGUGAUAGUUGUUUUUUACUCCUUGCAUGACCUUUCGAGUGAGUAACUUUUGCACGAUGGGAACCAUACAUCGUAGUGGGGUUCUUAGAAAAUCUAAUAACAGUGGAAGGCUUAUAUUUGCAACUAUCGUCGGAAUGGUUUUUGGAUAUUUUAUUGGAGUUUCAUUUCCAUCUGUUUCUCUUAAUAAGAUAAACUUACCUUCAAGCAUAAUCUCAUCACUUGACGUAGCAUUCCACGACAACCUUCAUACAUCUGUUCAAAGUCGUUUGUCUGAUAAUUUACCUGAAUCUCGUGUUUCACGUGAUACUGGUACACCGAAGAUAUACGUCCCAACAAAUCCUCGUGGUGCAGAAUCACUUCCCCCGGGAAUAAUAGUAUCUGAGUCUGAUUUCUAUUUGAGAAGACUAUGGGGUGAACCUAGUGAGGAUUUAAAAAAGAAGCCAAAGUACUUGGUAACAUUUACAGUUGGUAUGAAUCAGAUGAGCAAUAUUGAUGCAGCAGUUAAAAAGUUCUCUGAUGAUUUUCAAAUUAUGCUUUUCCAUUAUGAUGGCAAUACCAGUGUAUGGGAUGAAUUUGAUUGGUCAAAGAGUGCAAUCCAUGUCAGUGCAAGGAAACAGACAAAAUGGUGGUAUGCAAAGAGAUUUCUGCAUCCAGAUGUGGUGGCAGCUUAUGAAUAUAUUUUCAUUUGGGAUGAAGAUCUUGGUGUUGAACACUUCAAUGCUGAGAAAUACAUGCAGCUAGUGAAGAAACAUGGUUUGGAGAUUUCUCAACCAGGCCUUGAGCCUAAUAAUGGACUUACAUGGCAAAUGACUAAAAGGAGAGGUGAUCGAGAAGUUCACAAGGAUACAGAAGAGAAGCCAGGGUGGUGCGGUAACCCACAUUUGCCUCCUUGUGCUGCAUUUGUUGAGAUUAUGGCACCAGUAUUUUCUCGGGAAGCUUGGCGAUGUGUGUGGCAUAUGAUUCAGAAUGACUUGGUGCAUGGUUGGGGCCUGGACUUUGCCCUCAGAAGAUGUGUAGAGCCUGCCCAUGAAAAAAUUGGUGUGGUUGACUCACAAUGGAUUAUUCACCAAGUAAUUCCAUCACUUGGCAGUCAGGGUGAGAAUGAUAAAGGAAAAGCUCCAUGGGAAGCGGUGAGAGAAAGGUGCAGGAAUGAGUGGGCGCAGCUCCAGGACCGGCUUGCUGAUGCAGACAAGGCUUACUUAGCCCAAAUAGGAAAAGGAUAAGACUUCACUAGUACCCUAUUUUGUACAUUGUUUCAUUUUUUGGUUUGUUUACUGUCUGUAUUUUAGCUAUGUCUCUUUUCCCCUCCCUAUAUGAGGGUGAUUUUAGUUAUAGUCCUUAUCGAGUAAAAUCUAUAAAUAUAUAUAUAUAGGUGUUGGAGGAUUAUAUCAUGUACUUAUAGACUUCUACAAGACAUUGAUAAGAGUAAAUGGCAGUUUAUGUGCAUAGUAGUAAAUUUACCUGUU